UCAUUCAAAAUUAUUCAUCGAUUUUUAUCCCACCCUAUGAGAUCCUUUGUUAAAAUUAAUCAUGAUCUAAUCUAAUUUCAUUUGAACCGUGCUUUCCGUGGCUCUUAUCCAUUUGUUUUGGUUCUGCAAAAGCACACGCACCCGGCGUAAACUGCGGCAAGAUUUUCGUUGAUUUGUCUUAAUAAUAAUUUUCUCAUUAAUUUUUCAAAAUGUCAUUUUUGCCUUUGUUAAGCGUGACAGCUCAGUUCGAAGAUGUAAUCUUCAAUUAAUCUCAGUGCACUUCUUGAGAAAUUUUAUAUUCACAAAUGUACGUUUGCAAAGGAAAUCCCUUUCAUUUUUAUGAACGAACUUGAACUAUAAUAUCAAGAUCAUUAUCAUCGUUAUUAUCAAUCUCAUUUCAAUAGCUGAUGGUCAAAACAAAGCGAACGAAACCUUGAGAUUGUGUUCCCCUUUCCGGGUAUUUAAUCUUGUUGAAUAUUUACUCGUGAUCCCUGGCGUGUUUCUGUGUUGAUUUAGUGUAUUUGUCCCUUUUAUUUAACGUUUACAUAAUAUUUACCCACUAUAUUUUGUUCAUUGCGCUACUGUUAUGUCGGAUGCAUUUUGAAAUAAAGAAAAGGGGGAAAAAAAUACUGCGCGCAGCCAGCCAGUGGAGUCUCAGCGGAACUACAGAACACUGCAGCUAGACUCUGCUCAUAAUUCAGUCAUGAGAUUUCCAUGUUUUGGAUAUUUGAAUAUGGCAUAUUAUUGCGAUAUUCCGACAUGGACUGACUGUUGUUCAGAGGUUCCCUCCAGGCUGUCUGACAGCAACAACUGAAAGAAGGGACUUUGAUGCUAACGCGAGCUAGCAAAACAACUUAGCUUGAGGCUUUGAGGCAGCUUUAACCCAGCGACAGCUGUUUUUGUCGCGUCGGUGUUAGCCUUCGGCUUCCACUGCUAGCUCAUGUGUAGCUUUCGUUAUUGCCUCCCAGUGGUGGAAAAAGUAUUCAAAUCUUUUAACGAUUCCUGGAGCGGUUUGAGAGCUCUGUGUGACCCUCAAGGCAGCAUGCCCCCCAAGGACAUCAUGACCAAUUCCCACGCCAAAUCCAUCCUUAAUGCCAUGAAUUCCCUGCGCAAGAGCAACACACUGUGUGAUAUAACGCUCAGGGUAGAAAAGACGGACUUCCCGGCUCACCGGAUUGUCUUAGCGGCCUGCAGCGACUAUUUCUGUGCCAUGUUCACCAGUGAGCUUGCGGAAAAGGGAAAAUCCUUCGUGGACAUCCAGGGGCUGACUGCAUCGACGAUGGAGAUCUUGUUGGACUUUGUGUACACGGAGACGGUGCUCGUGACGGUGGAGAAUGUGCAAGAACUGCUCCCUGCCGCAUGCCUGCUUCAACUGAAAGGAGUGAAAAGAGCGUGUUGUGAUUUUUUGGAGAGCCAACUGGAUCCGUCGAACUGUCUGGGCAUCCGCGACUUCGCCGAAACGCACAAUUGCCUCGACCUGAUGCAAGCGGCCGAGCUCUUCUCCCAAAAGCAUUUCUCCGAGGUGGUUCAGCACGAGGAGUUCAUGCUGCUGAGCCAGACCGAAGUGGAAAAGCUUAUCAAAUGUGAUGAAAUCCAGGUGGAUUCCGAAGAGCCCGUCUUCGAAGCUGUGCUCAACUGGGUCAAACACAACCGAAAAGAGAGAGAGCCGUACUUGGCGGACAUGCUGGAGUUUGUCCGAAUGCCGUUGCUGACCCCCCGCUACAUCACUGACGUCAUUGAUGCCGAGCCCUUGAUACGCUGCAGUCUACCAUGUCGAGACCUUGUCGAUGAAGCAAAGAAAUUUCACCUGAGACCGGAGCUGAGGAGCGAGAUGCAAGGCCCGCGCACACAAGCAAGAUUAGGCACGUGUCUUUUGUUUUUAGCUGCGCUUCAGCGUCCACACUGUGAAAGCCUUUAUUAUUUUUGUUUUUUAGGUGCCAAAGAAGUCCUCUUGGUGAUUGGCGGCUUUGGCAGCCAACAAUCACCAAUCGAUGUCGUGGAGAAAUAUGAUCCGAAAACUCAAGAGUGGACUUUCCUCCCGAACAUUGCAAGGAAACGGCGUUACGUUGCCACAGUGUCUCUCCAUGAUCGCGUGUAUGUGAUCGGAGGUUACGACGGACGGUCGAGGCUCAGCUCAGUAGAGUGUCUGGACUACACGGCGGACGAGGAUGGGGUUUGGUACACUGUCGCCACUAUGAAUGUGCGCCGUGGCCUCGCUGGAGCUACAACGCUCGGAGACAUGAUCUACGUUGCCGGUGGCUUUGAUGGCAGCCGGCGCCAUACCAGCAUGGAACGAUACGACCCAAACAUUGAUCAGUGGAGCAUGCUAGGAGAUAUGCAGACAGCCCGAGAAGGUGCUGGUUUGGUGGUGGCCAGUGGACUGAUAUACUGUCUCGGAGGCUAUGAUGGACUCAAUAUACUGAAUUCUGUGGAGCGGUAUGACCCCCACACAGGCCACUGGACCAGCGUCACCCCGAUGGCCACUAAGCGCUCAGGGGCAGGCGUGGCGUUACUCAAUGACCACAUCUACGUGGUCGGAGGUUUUGAUGGGGUAUCACACCUGGACUCUGUUGAGGUCUAUAACAUCAGAACAGACUUUUGGACCACUGUGGCCAGCAUGACCACACCUCGAUGCUACGUAGGAGCAACUGUCCUCAGAGGACGACUGUAUGCCAUUGCCGGAUACGACGGGAACUCUCUUCUCAGCAGUAUUGAAUGUUACGAUCCGGUGAUCGACUCCUGGGAGGUGGUGACCUCCAUGGUGACGCAGCGAUGCGACGCAGGAGUCUGCGUUCUACGAGAAAAGUGAUCUUUUUCCCGAGAGCUGCGUGAAGCGCAAGCAGGCGAUCGGCAUCAAGGAAAAGCAGGCAGCUCGACUUGGACGCGAGGCCACGAGAACGGACGACAGUUGCCUUUGUUCGUUCGGCAUCCCGACCAAGGGGAACUUCCACAAACCAAGCUCUCGUUCGCCGGACGUUAAAUCCUGCCAGGAUCCCACCGCCAUCUGCGUGGCUCUCCUUGUUACUGUCGUUGAACUGUGAGAUGAUUUUGACCCUCAAAGUGCAAUAUCUUCGUACACUUCCCCCCCGGAAAAGCGAUGCCGCUAAACGCCUUUACGACUUCGGCUUGCGUCGCAUUGUGAACGUUCGUGUUGCCUCUCAGCCUAACGGGCCAUUUGCUUGUUAUUUAGCAUUUGCCGAGCUACGAGCGCCCGCUUUGGAAUCCUCUGGAACGAGAGGUGAAGAAAACGACUUUGGAUGGAGUUUUAGAAGAAAGCCUCAUCUGUUCCAGUGAAGUUUUUUUUUUUUUUUUUCCUUGACGUCCGUUUCGGGCACGCCAUUUCUUUCCCUCUCGAGCAUUUCAAUUUCAGCACAGUUGCUGAUCAAGCCAAUUUUUUUUUUUGUUUUUUUUUUUUUUUUUUUGGGGGGGGGGGGAGAGUG